AUGCGCAGUCAGAGAAGGAAAAUGCUGGCCAUCAUUGUUUUGUCCUUCAUGUUGAUUGCUGUCUUCAUCUACUACUUGACAUCAUCAACUGAUAACGCAGUUGAUUUGCAGCCAAGAUUACAGACCAACGUGGAGAGACAUCUGGAAAAGCAUCUGCAGGAGACCCUGGAGAGACAUGAUAACAUUCCCUAUCACCUCAAAGAGAGUGUCGCAGGACGACUUGCUACUAAUGGCUGCGUAUGUGAAGGCGAAGAGGAAGUUAUCAGUCUUCCUUUUGCCCACUUGCUUUUUCCUCAUGUGGCAGCUGAAGAGUUGCGCGUGCCUUUUGAGGGACGUGAACUGGAGUACAUUAAGCGGUACAGAUCAAAGGAGUACCACAACUUUCACAAGAGAACCCAGGCCGCUACAGAUCUCCUUAUUGUUGCACAGGCCAACAGUCCUCUGCAGUAUCCCACACAGGGCGUGGAAGUUCGACCUAUGAAGACAGUCUUGAUACCUGGGCUGGGUCUAGAACAAAAGUCCAGGCAGCUUUAUUCUGUGAGUUUGACAGCUACCCUUGGCACGUUUGAUGUGGCGGCUGAGGUGAAUGGUGUUUCCGUCGAAGGGGCAGGAGAAAUGCACAUGACCCUGUCCAGCAGACUUCUGUCCAACUUGAACAGGCAACUGCAGUUUGUCACCUACACAAACACAGUUUUCCAUCCCCGUGCGGUUGAUAUAGUAUGGUUUGACACUGAUGGACACCAGGCAGUCUUCACCAUCAAGGUUGGUCAUCCAGUGACACCCAAGCUUUAUAAUCCUGGACCUAAAAAGGAAUACAAUAUCAGUGAUCUUGUCACAAUUGCCACAAAGACAUUUCUACGCUAUGACAAACUACAGGAUUUGAUUGACAGUGUACGACAGUUCUACCCAACUGUUACCAUAGUGAUAGCAGAUGACAACAAGCAUCCCAAGUUUGUGACUGGUCCAUACAUUGAACAGUACAUCAUGCCAUUUGGAAAGGGCUGGUUUGCUGGCCGCAAUCUGGCAGUGUCCCAGGUGAGCACAAAGUAUGUUCUGUGGGUGGAUGAUGACUUCUACUUCACAGCAAACACCAAACUGGAGAAGUUUGUGGAGGUCCUAGAGAGUACGACCCUUGACCUGGUGGGAGGUGCAGUGAGGGAGGUCACAGGAUACACUGCCACCUUCAACCACAAGAUGUCAGUGGAAGAGGGUGAUGAGGAUGGAGACUGCCUCCACAUGAGGAGGGGUCACUACCACUCCAUCAAGGGUUUCCCCAACUGCGUGGUCACUGAUGCAGUCAUCAACUUUUUCAUGGCCCGCACUGACAAAGUGCGGCAAGUGGGUUUCGACCCGCGACUGGCACGAAUCGGCCAUUUAGAAUUUUUCAUUGACGGGCUCGGCUCUCUCCAUGUAGGCUCCUGUGAUGAUGUCAUCGUGAGCCACGCCUCUAAAAUCAAGUUACCAUGGACACAGACAGACACUGAGAAAACUUAUGCAAAGUUUCGCUAUAAUAGCUCCCCCCAAAAUAGCCUGGAAUCUAGACCUAGUCUUUUUUAUCUCAAAAACCGGUUCAAGUGCCUGACUUCUAAUUAA